CAAUGCAUACAUUGGUUCUUCUGUUGUUGGUUGGCGUAGCUGCAGCUGGAAUUGCUCCACUGCUUAAAGUUGAUGACAGCCCCAAAGGCCGUUACCUCAUCAAAUUCAAGGAUGACGUGGACGUGGAUAUCGUUGCCGAUGGCAUCCAGCGCCGUGUGCAGCAGCGGCGUUUGGGCCGCGCAGACGUCUCCCAUCGCUACCACCAAGUCUUGAAAGGCAUGGCCGCAGAACUAUCGGAGGAAGCCCUCGAUUACAUUCGAACCUUGGAUGAGGUUGAGUACGUGUCUGAGGACGGUUUGGCGCACGGAACAGCCCAACCCUGGGGCUUGGACCGCAUUGGACAGAGAAACCUACCCCUUGAUGGCUCCUUCUCAACAAACUCUGCAUAUAAGGAGGGAGAGGGGGUUGAAAUGUGGGUUGUAGACAGCGGUAUCUUGCCGACCCACGUUGACUUCGGAGGCCGUGCUUCUGCUGUGUUUGACGGUUAUGGUGGCAAUGGUAUAGACUGCCAGGGCCAUGGAACCCACUGUGCUGGUACUGCGGCAGGCAGUUAUUAUGGAGUCGCCAAACAGGCAACCAUCAAGGGAGUGAAGGUUUUAGGAUCAACUCCCUGUGGCAAUUCUGGCUACUACUCUACAAUCGUCGCAGGAUUGGACUAUGUCAUUGCAAAUGCAAAGAAACCAGCUGUCGUAUCCAUGUCCAUCGGAGGCCCCAAAUCUACAUAUUUCGAGACGGGAGUCAAAAAAGUUGUUUCUGCUGGUAUUCCGGUGGUGGUAUCAGCUGGUAACAGCAAUGCUCUAGCGUGUACAUCAUCUCCAGCGUGGCUGAGUGAGGUGAUUACAGUCGGUUCCACUACCUCUAGUGACUACAGAUCAUCCUUUUCAAACUACGGAUCAUGCGUGGACAUCUUUGCUCCUGGGUCCUCUAUCACAAGUGACUAUUACUCAUCUAACACCGCCACCAAAGUAAUGUCUGGAACCUCCAUGGCGUGUCCGCACGUUUCAGGAAUAUCUGCCCUCUACUUGGCCGAAAAUCCAAGUCUGACACCGCAGCAGAUUAGGACCAAUCUCGUGAAUGCUGCUACUCCCAAUGUAAUCAAUAAUGCAGGAAGUGGCAGCCCAAAUAUCCUUGCUUACGUGGAUUAAAAUCCAGUUUGAGUCAUACAGUUACAGUUUAAAUUUGGAUUGAUUGAAAAUGUCAAUGAAGUGGAAGUGUCGUUUUUAACCCUCCGAAUUUCGGGCGAUUCAUAAUGCAGUGCGCCACCAAGAGAUUGCCACGGAGACUUCAUGUUUCCCAUGUCCAGUACAUUGUGGGAUAUGGUCGACAAAUUCGCCGCGCGGGACAUUUGAAAUUG